AUGGAGGUGUUUUUCUGGGCGGUGUUCGGCGCGCUGGUGGUGCUGUGCGCGGGGCUGGAGGGCAGCAAGGGGCAGCGCGACAAGCUGCAGACGUCGCCCGCCUUUGAGUCCUUCAAGAACAACUACCUCCUCGUCUACUCUCUCAUGAUGGCGGGCGACUGGUUGCAGGGCCCAUACGUGUACGCGCUGUAUCAGCACUACGGCUACGACAAGGGCGACAUCGGCCGCCUCUUCAUCGCUGGCUUCGGCUCCUCCAUGGUCUUCGGCACCAUCGUUGGCUCGCUCGCCGAUAAGCAUGGGCGGCGGCGCGCGUCGCUGACGUACUGUGGGGUGUACGUGCUGUCGUGCGUGACCAAGCACUCGCCCGACUACCGCCUGCUCAUGCUGGGCCGCGUGCUGGGCGGCAUCGCCACCUCGCUGCUCUUCUCCGCCUUCGAGAGCUGGCUGGUCGCAGAGCACUUCAAGGUACAGCAGGCUGGUGGCGGAGCACUUCAAGGUACAGCAGGCUGGUGGCGGAGCACUUCAAGGUACAGCAGGCUGGUGGCGGAGCACUUCAAGGUACAGCAGGCUGGUGGCGGAGCACUUCAAGGUACAGCAGGCUGGUGGCGGAGCACUUCAAGGUACAGCAGGCUGGUGGCGGAGCACUUCAAGGUACAGCAGGCUGGUGGCGGAGCACUUCAAGGUACAGCAGGCUGGUGGCGGAGCACUUCAAGGUACAGCAGGCUGGUGGCGGAGCACUUCAAGGUACAGCAGGCUGGUGGCGGAGCACCUCAAGCCCAUCCCCGCUCGCAUGGAGAGGCGGAAACGGCCUGUGACACCGCACGGCGCGCAAGCCCCGCCAGAUCGGGGUACUCCCAGCCAUUCACCUUCCACCACGACGCCAUGUCCCCCUUCCCUGCCUUCAGCUGCGCACGCCCCUCUAUCGCCUCCUCCGACCCAAAGCCCCCCCUGCCCUCGAUGUACGCCAACAUCCCCUCCUGCAGCUCUAGCAUCGUUCCCUCCCGCUCCCCCUCCUUCUUCCAGUACGUGUCGACGAAGACCCUCGAGCGCUGCAGCCAUGCCUUCAUCACCCUGGUGCACUCUCUGUCCUUCAGGUAA